ACAGCCUCCGCUUCCGGGAGAACAGUUAAGUGGCAACGAGAACGGAGGCAGACAACCGGUCAGUCCUGGUCUGUGAGAGGAGAAGAGGCGAGUGCGGGCGGGCGCAGAACAAGAUGAGACAAGGCGGUGGACACAAGAAGGACUGCGGGGACAGCAGCGGCGGGAGCAGGGGGCAGGAGACGGACCUCCUGCCGAUCUCCGUCUCCGGGGACCUGGCCAGCUGCGAGGAGGCAGGACCAGAUAAUUAUACAUCAGGAAUAGAAGGUCAAAUCCAACCGCAAUCAGCACUAAAAAUCCUUCAACAACAGCUGAAAUCAUUUCAGGCACUUCGGCAACAGACUCUGCUGAAUGUUAAUAUGGUACAAUCUGAAAUCAGUGAGAUACUGAAUAAAAAUAUAAUUGACGUUAAAACUCCACAGUGUAGCCCAGACAAACUUCUGAUGACCGGCACACCUCCUGAGAUGGCUAUGCCUACGGGGAGUCCAGAAACACCAUUGUCUAAGAAGAAAUUUCAUCUUGAUAAGAAACUCUGUAGCACUCAAUCUGUGGAAGCAAAUUCUAAUAUUAUCUUUGGAAAUGUGGUCAGUGAUGUAAAUAUUUCACAUCAGAUUUCAUUAAAAGCUGGAACAACUGGAAAGAUUGAAAACUCAGUAGAACCAAUUAAAAACAAAACUAUGAUUGCUCUAAAAAAUGAUUGUAAAUCGAAGGAUUAUGCCAAAUAUGAAUGUUUUCUACCUUGUACUAAUUUGGAGGCUGAAAGUAUGAUGCCUCCUAAUGAGAAAGUAAUUUUGGACGAAUCUAAAGCUCCUAUGUCUCUUCUCAAAUAUAGUGAUGAACAUCAUUUAAUAGACAACUUUAGCUAUUCUAUCACGCCAUUGAAAGAAGAACUUCAAAAGUCUCAUGAACAGGAACUAGCACAUGCAUUUGGACAUCAGAAUAUUUCUGGUAGUCAAAGUAAUGUUUCUGAUGAUAUGUCAGAACAAGACCAAGAAAAAUCUGCUCUUUUUUUAUCUAGAGAGAAAUUACAUGUGGACUUAACAUCAAGGAAAAUUUCAGAAUCUGAGGAAUCGGCAGACAGUUUGCAUGUUGCUCUGGUUUCCCUUAAACGAAAUAAUCUGAGUCUUGGUCAAGAAUUUAAUAAAGACUCUGAAUGUGACAGCUCACAGAAUUCUUCACAUAUAACUACAUGCAGUACACAAACAGAAACUGAAACCAAGAAUAAAAACAAAGAAUUGCGUAGCACUGACGGUGAUGUUGGCAUGUUCCAGUUAAAUGUCAUUUCUAAAACAGUGCAAGAUAAAUUACUAAUGUUCGAUCACAUAGAGAAACUACAGAAAGAAAAAGAAAAGCAGCUGCAAGUCAUAAAUCAAAGGUUACUAAAGCUUGGAAAUCAGAACUUCAAUGAAAUCAGAGCUGAUGAGUACACCACAAAAAUGGAAGAGUUACAAAAUUCCCUGAAAGAUUCUAAACACUUGCAAAAGAAAGUGAUGGAACUUGAGAAUGAAAAUGUAACUCUCAAGUCAAAAAUGAAACCUCUUACUGUUAUCAUAAGGUCUCUAAGAGAGAGAAAUUCACAGUAUGAGAAGCAAAUUAAGGAUUUAGUUGAAGAAAAGAAAAGCAUGCAAGUCAGGUUAGUUAAAUCAGAAGAAGAUAGCAAAGAAUGUAUUAAAGAAGUGAAGAAGUUGUUAAAGAAAUGCAAAGAACUUCAAGACCAAAAGAAAACUCUUGAGGGAGAGAGGAGUCAACUCUGUAGUGAAAACCAAUGUAUGAUGCGAGCAUUAGAUGACUUCAAAAUUAAUAACCAGAAAGCACAAGGAAAUAUGAUUGCUGUUAUCAGUGAAAAAGAUAGGCUCUUUGCGGAACUAGAAUCUUUGCAAAAGGAAUCUUCAGUGUUGCAAGAAGCAAAUCAGAAACUAGAAAUAAAAACAUCCCAGCUUGCAAAAGAAAAUAACUCACUUGAAAAAGAACUUGAAAAAAAUCAGAUUGAAAUACGACAACUGAAAGAAAAAGAAAAUGUAAUGAAAUCUGAACAGGAGACUCUUGUUCACAUAAUGCAGUCACUUAAAGACAAAAAGUUUGAUCUUGAAAUGACAUUGCAAGAAUGUGCUAAUGCUAGACAAACAAUGCAACAGGCUCUUGAGAAGGUCCAGUCAGAUAAAGCUUACACAGAGGAGAAACUCUUGACUGAACUUCAAAAUACAAAAGCGGAAAGGGAUAUUUUGAAGACUAACUUGUUAAACGUGAACAGAGAAUGGGAGAAUUUAUCAACAGUGGUGGCAAAUAUCACAGAGGACAAUCAGGUUCUUAAAAAAAACCUGCAGGAAUGUAAACAAGAUACUUACAAAUAUGAAAAUAACAUCAGAACAUUGAAUGAAGACCAUUUACUAAUGGAAAACCAUCUGCGGACAAUAGAAAAUGAAAGGGAUGUAUUGCAGUUUGAAUUUCGCCACCUUCAUAAGGAUUAUGUUAAUCUAAGGGACCAAAUUACAGUUCUGGUUAAUGAGCAGCAUAAACACAGUUACAUUUCAGGCAAGGAAAAAUAUCACUCCAUGUAUUCCACUGAAAUUUGUGAAGAAAUUUCUGAUUACAGGUAUACAGCUUUAGAAUCCAAUCCACAAGAGAAUGGAAAGAUUGCUGAAAUACGAAAGAAGCUAGAAGAGGAAGAGUUACAAAAAGAUAAGAUGCACAGGGAUGUAAAGAAACACUAUAGUGCUAUUUCAGUCAGCUGCACUACAUCUGUAAUCAAGGAGUCAAGUUUUAGAACUGCAGUCAAGAAGACAUACAGUACUGUUUGCUCUGCUAUCUAGUGAUUUUGAAUCUAGAGAGUUCAGCAAUGAUGAAUGCCUCCAAAUUAUUGGCCAUAUAUCUUUCUGAUAUUUCCUAUGAAGAUGAUACCAAAACGUCAAAGGACAGCACUAUCACUAAUACUUGUUCAAUAAUAUAAAAACUUCAAAAUUAAAAAAGAAAUGAACCAUGCUUCAUGUCUGUGGACUUGGAAAACACCAAAACUGCCAUAUCAAUUAAAAUAUAUAAAUACUAGGAGGCCCUGUCCUACGUAACUUUACUCAGGCAAAGCCUCUAUUGAUCUCAAUGGUUAUUUUGCCUAAGUAAGGACUGAAAGACCUGGCCAGUACAUUACUUUUCAUUUUCAUACUAUUAAAUGUUGAAAAAACGUCA